AUGUACUCCUCACUGUUUCUCAUUCUCAUCAUCUCAUUACUUUGCGUUGUACUGGAUGGAAAAGCCACUUCUGAACAACUCGACAAGCACCUUGGGGCCGGAAUGAAACACGUCUCCUGUCAGAUGAGAAUCACCGGAUUUUAUAUGAAACGACACUGCAAAAAACACUUUAAUACAACACUCCGAUGUGAUUUAGACGAACAUGAACGACGAUCUGUGAAAAAGGUGGCAAAGCUGUGUUGUGAGGAUGCUCCAAGCUGUGAGCCAUCUGAACUUUUCGAUGAAUUCUGCUGCCAAGGAAGCGGCUGCGAGGAGACUGAAUGCCAGCCAUGGGAUGAUUCAUUGGAGGAAAUUCAGCUUGCCAACCUUGUCUUCUCUUCUGAUGAACUAUUCAACACUCUUCAGGAACGGAUAAUUGCUGAGAUGAAGCUGGGAAAUCGUCCAGAUUACUUUCCAGAAGUUUUGGCAGUAUACUAUGACAACCCGGAAUUAAUCGAAGAGAACGAGACACAUAUCCGCCGAUACUUUAAAGCUCACCGACUUCAAACCGCCCAUAUUGCAAAAUCAUUCGGAAUAAUUCAACGUCAUGAUAACCAAUUCAAAUUUUAA